GUCCUUUCCUCUGUCAGUCACGGAAGGUGACCAUUCCCCGGCAGAGAGCGAUCACGUGGCUCUUUGUGUCAUUUGCCCGGUAGAUAAGCGGGAAGAGAAGAUAGAGGAGAGACGUGUGGCGGGUUCAUAUCACACAGUGUAAUUGGAGGCUGCACUCAGGAGGUGUCAUAAUGGAAGUAAGCCACUCAAUAAAGGAGAGGACUAUUGCAGAAAAUAGCCUAGUCAUCCUUUUACAGGGACUGCAUGGAUAUACCACUACUGUGGAGCUGCGAGAUGAAAGUUCUGCUAAAGGUUCAGUUAUAAAUGUAGAUGCUUUUAUGAAUGUACGCUUAGAAAAGGUCACUUAUACAGACCGUCGGGGCAAGGAAUCCAAGCUGGAUGACUUGUUUAUCAAUGGACGCAAUGUGCGCUACAUCCAUAUUCCAGAGGAGGUGGACAUAAUUCAAACUAUUGAAGAGCAGCUAAAGAAAAUACAAGGCAUCCGUGGAUUUGGUGGAAAGGGAAGAAAAGAAUUUGUUUCAAAGAAUUACAAAUGAUGCCCACUUUACCCUGCUGUUGAACAUAACCAUGCUGCUGUAUAUCAUCUAGCCGUUUUACUAAGUAGUGUAAAAGAAAUACAAAGACAAUACAGUACCUGGUUACUGAGCAUAAAGAUCGUCCUGUAUAUUGUUAAAGGAAACAUCUUUUAAAUCACUUUGGUAAAACUAUGCAAUUAUUGUGAAAAUAUGAUUCUUUUUGCUACAUGGUAGCGUGCGAUUGUAUGAGAAAUGUGAUUAAAUGGCAUAAACAAUU